AUGAGUCUCGUUCGUCAAAACUUCCAUGAGGAAUGCGAAGCUGGCAUCAAUCGUCAAAUUAACAUGGAGCUCUACGCCAGCUACCUCUAUCUGGCCAUGUCUCAGCACUUUGACAGAGACGACGUCGCCCUUCCGGGCUUUAGGGAAUUUUUCGCUAAGGCCUCUGAGGAGGAACGCGAACACGCCAUAAAGCUCAUGCGUUAUCAAUGUGGACGUGGCGGCCGCAUUGUCUAUCAAGACAUUGCCAAACCCCAGACAACUGAAUGGGCAUCCGGUCUUGAAGCCAUGGAGAUGGCGCUUAAAAUUGAGCAUGAGGUCAACGAGUCCCUCCUUGCUUUGCGCGGUGUCGCUAACAAGAACAACGACAGUCAGUUUUGUGAUUUCUUAGAAGGUGAAUUCUUAGGGGAGCAAGUCAGUGACAUUAAGAAACUGGCAGGCUAUGUGACAAACCUUAAACGGUGCGGACCUGGCCUGGGAGAGUACAUAUUCGACAAGGAGACCCUUCAGGGUGGUGAGAAAUAA